AUGAGCCCCGACAAAGUCACGCCCGUCCCUGGUCCCGACCCCGUCGACACCGAGACGGGAUGGGAGCAGGACGAGAAGGACCAGGUUCCGCGCUAUGUCGACGCGUUUGGCGACGAGUCCAAUGCGGAGGUCAAGUACAAGACGAUGGAGUGGUGGCAGACGGGAAUGUUCAUGAUCGCCGAGUCCGUCUCGCUGGGCGUGCUAUCUCUCCCCAAAACCCUCGCGCAGCUGGGUCUCGCGCCCGCCCUCAUCCUGAUCAUCGGGCUCGGCCUCCUCGCCACAUACACAGGCUACACAAUCGCGCAGUUCCACCGCCGCUACCCGCACAUCCAGAACCUCGCCGACGCGGGCUUCAUCCUCAUGGGCGCAUUCGGGCGCGAGCUCUUCGGGAUCGGCCAGCUGCUGUUCUCCAUCUUCAUCAUGGGCUCGCACAUCCUUACAUUCAGCGUGAUGAUGAACACGAUUACCGAGCAUGGGACGUGCACGAUGGUAUUCACGACCGUUGGCUUUGUGAUCUGCAUGGUCGGCUCGCUGCCGCGCACGAUGAAGAACAUGACGUAUAUCUCGUGCGCCAGUUUCGGGAGUAUCUUCACCGCGGUGAUUAUCACGAUGGUGGGCGUUGGUGUGCAGGGCCGGACGUCGAGUAUCAAGGCGACGAUUGACACGGACUUGUUCCAUGCGUUUACGGCCGUCACGAAUAUCGUCUUUGCGUACUGUGCGCAUGUUGCGUUCUUUGGGUUGCUUGCGGAGAUGCGUGAGCCUAGGGAUUUUCCCAAGGCGCUGUAUAUGCUGCAGACGUUUGAGAUUAUUUUCUAUACCGUUGCUGCCGUGGUGAUUUACUAUUAUGCUGGCCAGACUGUCACCAGUCCGGCGUUGGGAUCGGCUGGGCCGGUGCUGAAGAAGGUUGCGUAUGGUAUUGCCAUUCCGACGAUCGUCGGCGCUGGCAUCGUCAACGGACACAUCGGUCUCAAGUACAUCUACGUGCGGCUCUUCCGCGGCACGAACCGGAUGCACGGGCGGGACUUCGUCUCUGUUGGGUCCUGGGUUGCUAUCGGUCUGACAUGCUGGAUCAUCGCGUGGAUCAUUGCCGACGCGAUCCCCGUCUUCAGCGACCUGCUCAGUCUGAUCAGCUCCCUGUUUGCUUCAUGGUUCUCAUACGGUCUCGGAGGCGUCUACUGGCUCCAUCUCAACUGGGGCCGGUACUUCUCGAGCCCGCGCAAGAUCUUCCUGACGGUGCUGAAUGUGUGCAUUGUGUUGAUUGGAGGGUGUAUGUGCGGACUCGGUCUAUAUGUCUCCGGCAAGGCGAUCCACGACGAUGCGAGCACGAACACUUUCUCCUGCGCCAACAAUGCUGAGACCCCAGAGCCCAGAGCGCCAACGCCCCGACCAAAGACCCUAGACCCUAGACAUCAUGCCCUCCUCACCCCUCCACCCCCCGCCGAAAUCCACCGCGCCGCAACAGCCGUCGCCAACGCCCUGACCCCCGGAAACCCCCAAAUACGCGCUCUCCCCGGCGCAACGCGCGCAACGCAAGAUAUCGACUUCGUCGUCCUGCGCGGCCAAACCCCCCCGGCCGCCGCGCGGCGCCUCCUCCGUGCCUCGCCGCACUUCACCGUCGAGCCGCGAACAAACCACACGGCAUUUAGGGAUGGGACAGGCACGGCCGUGGAGAUCGAGAUCGAGAUCCUGGCCCCGCCCGCGCUGUUCAGGGGGCCCUUUGAUGAGGACACGGAGGUUAUUAGUGUUGGGGGCGUGAGGGUUCUUAAGCCGGCGCUUAUUCUCAAUGCGAAGUGUCGGUCGAUUCUGGGGCGUUCUAGGGAGGCGAAGAAGCAUACGGAUGCGAAUGAUAUUAUUUUCCUGUUUGGGUAUUCCCUGUGCGCGGAAUCCGGGGCUGCUUCCGAGGGCUGA